AUGAAUCCGAAACCUCGUAAUCGUGUCAUCGUCGACGCGUAUCCGAAGUGGAGCGUUCGUAUAUGUUACAUCGACGUUCGGAUAUGCGCGACUCGAUGCGUCUCCACCGAACCAGUGCGUUCGGAUAUCCGUACCGGAGUGGGACCGACGUUCGGAUAUCCGUACCGGGGGCGAUUGGAAGCGUUCGGAUGGUCGGAUAUCCGAGCCGGCUUCGCGGCCGUGUCA